UAAUUUUUUAAACGUCAUCGCUCACAUAAAAAGAAUGGCUGACAAAUGAAUUCAGCCUAAAGUAUACGGUUCCAUUGAGUUGUUCCGGGAGCCCCUCAUCGGAUGUUCCUCAGCAACAGGUCAUGGCUGCACACACCACCGAGGAACCCUUCCCUUUCCAUGGACUUCUGCCCAAGAAAGAGACCGGCGCCGCAUCUUACCUCACCAGGUUCCCAGAACACGAUGGCCGUGGGGUGCUCAUCGCUAUCCUGGAUACCGGCGUGGACCCCGGGGCCCCCGGCAUGCAGGUCACAACCGAUGGGAAGCCGAAGAUUGUUGACAUUAUUGAUACCACUGGCAGCGGUGAUGUGAACAUGACCACAGAGGUGGAACCGAAAGAUGGCAUUAUCAAUGGUCUUUCUGGGAGAGUACUCAAGAUCCCUCCUAGCUGGGACAAUCCAUCUGGGAAGUUUCGCAUUGGAGUUAAAAAUGGUUAUGAGUUCUUCCCCAAGGCUCUGAAAGAGAGAAUACAGAAAGAAAGAAAAGAGAAAUUGUGGGACCCUGCACACAGAGCAGCGCUGGCUGAGGUCUGCCGCAGAACAGAGGAGUUUGAUCUUUUGCAUCCCACACCCUCACAGGCAGAGAAACUGCAAAAGGAAGAGCUCCAAUGUCAGUCAGAGCUGCUGGCUUCUCUGGAAAAGAAGUACAGUGAUCCUGGUCCGGUAUUUGACUGUGUACUUUGGCAUGACGGCGUCACAUGGAGGGCUGUCGUUGACACAUCAGAGUGUGGAGACUUGUCCAAGUGCAAAGUGCUAACCUCCUACAGAGAAGUGCAAGAAUAUGCAACAUUAGGAAAUGCUGAGAUGCUCAAUUACUCUGUAAAUAUUUAUGAUGAUGGAAACACCCUGUGCAUUGUUACCAGUGGAGGAGCCCAUGGGACGCACGUGGCUAGUAUUGCUGCGGGUUACUUCCCAGAGGAACCUGAGCGUAAUGGAGUUGCUCCUGGUGCCCAAAUUCUUGCUUUAAAAAUUGGAGACACACGUCUAAGCACGAUGGAAACAGGCACAGGACUCAUCCGUGCGAUGAUUGAAGUGAUAAACCACAAAUGUGACCUGGUUAACUACAGCUAUGGGGAAGCUACCCACUGGCCCAAUUCUGGGAGGAUUUGUGAAGUGAUCACUGAGGCUGUACAGAAGCACAAUGUCAUAUUUGUUUCCAGUGCAGGUAACAAUGGUCCCUGCCUCUCAACUGUUGGCUGCCCAGGCGGAACCACUAACAGCGUCAUAGGUGUUGGGGCCUACGUCACCCCUGACAUGAUGGUGGCAGAGUACUCUUUAAGAGAGAAACUUCCUCCCAACCAGUACACUUGGUCGUCGAGAGGCCCCAGUACAGACGGUGCGCUGGGGGUCAGCAUCAGUGCUCCGGGUGGUGCCAUUGCUUCUGUGCCCAACUGGACACUUCGCGGCACCCAGCUGAUGAAUGGCACAUCUAUGUCAUCUCCGAAUGCAUGUGGAGGCAUUGCGCUUAUCCUCUCAGGAUUGAAGCAAAAUGGGAUUCCUCCUUCAGUUCCUGCAGUCAGGAGAGCACUUGAAAACACAGCACUGAAGGUUGAAGACAUUGAGGUGUUUGCACAAGGACAUGGCAUCAUCCAGGUGGACAGAGCAUUAGACUACCUCAUCCAACAUGCCUCUUUACCCACAAGCCACCUUGGUUUCUCUGUAACUGUUGGAUCACAGAGAGGCAUCUACCUCAGGGACCCAACCCAAAUACUCACCCCUUCUGAUCAUGGAGUAGGAAUUGAACCCAUUUUUCCAGAAAACACUGGAAACUCUGAGCGAAUCUCCUUGCAGUUGCAUUUGGCUCUCACGUGCAGUCCCACCUGGGUCCAGUGUCCCUCCCAUUUAGAGCUGAUGAACCAGUGCCGGCAUUUUAAUGUCAGAAUUGAUCCAUUGGGCCUGAGGGAAGGUGUGCACUACACAGAGGUGUGGGGUUAUGAUACAGCAGCACCUGCGUGUGGCCCACUCUUCAGGGUCCCAAUUACAGUUAUUAUUCCUUCCAAAGUACCUGAUGGCCGUAAUCCAGAGUUGUGUUUCAAAGACAUUCAUUUCCGGCCUGGACAGAUCAAACGCCACUUCAUUACAGUUCCACAGGGAGCCUCUUGGGCAGAGAUCACACUGACCUCUCACUCUGGAGAUGUGUCAUCAAAGUUUGUAUUACAUGCGGUACACCUGGUCAAACAGAGAGCUUACAGGGCCAAUGAGUUCUACAAGUUUUCCUCAUUGUUGGAAAGAGGGUCGCUAACUGAAGCUUUUCCUGUUCUGUCCGGUAAGAUAGUGGAGCUUUGCAUUGCACGCUGGUGGGCAAGUCUUGGUGAUGUGACUGUGGACUACAGCAUCUCCUUCCAUGGACUCCACACUUCUCCUUCCCCCUUGCACGUACAUGCUUCAGAAGGAGUGACAAGUUUUGAGGUGUCAUCUCCUCUGAGAUACGAGGAGGUCUCCCCUGCUAUAACCCUGAAGUCCUGGGUACAGCCCCUAAGGCCUUUAAGUUCCAAGAUUAAGCCUUUGGGGAUGAGGGAUGUUCUCCCAAACAACAGACAACUCUAUGAGAUUAUUCUUUCUUACAGUUUUCACCAGCCCAAAAGUGGAGAAGUGACCCCCAGCUGUCCGAUGCUGUGUGAGCUGCUGUACGAGUCAGAGUUUGACAGCCAGCUCUGGAUGCUGUUUGAUCAGAACAAGAGACUACUGGGCUCAGGAGAUGCUUACCCACACCAGUAUUCUCUGAAGCUGGAGAAGGGUGAUUACACUGUGCGGCUACAGGUUCGCCACGAGCAGUCCACCGAGCUCGAGCGGCUCAAAGACCUCCCUUUUGUGGUUUCCCAUCGUCUGUCCACCACCCUGAGCCUCGACGUGUACGAGUCGCACCGGGCCGCACUCAUGGCCAAGAAGAAAGCCAACUCUGUCACGCUGUCGCCGGGUACUUCGCAGCACUUCUACGUCACAUCUCUGCCUGAUGACAAGAUUCCUAAAGGAACGAGCCCAGGAUGUUACCUCUCAGGUUCUCUGGUUUGCCCGAAGAGCGAGUUCGGCAAAAAAGCAGGGCAGGCCUCUGCAAAACGACAAGGAAAGUUUAAAAAGGAUGUUGUUCCAGUCGUGUACCACUUAAUUCCUGCUCCCAACAAGUCCAAGAACGGAGGAAAAGAGAAGGACAAGGAUGGGGAGAAGGAAAAAGAUGUGAAGGAUGAGUUCGCAGAGGCCAUGAGAGACAUGAAGAUCCAGUGGAUGACCAAGGUGGACUCCAGCUCCAUCUAUAAUGAACUAAAGGAGAGCUACCCAGAUUAUCUUCCCCUGCAUGUGCAGCGAUUACAUCAACUGGACUCUGAAAAGGAGCGUCUGAAACGCCUGAGUGAUGUGGUUUCUGCUGCGGACUGCGUCAUUUCUCAAAUUGACCAGACUGCACUGGCUGUUUACCUAAGCAUGAAGACUGACCCCCGACCAGAUGCAGCCUCCAUCAAGAGUGACAUGGAGAAGCAGAAGUCUUCCUUGCUGGAUGCCUUGUGUCGAAAAGGCUGUGCUCUCGCUGACCAGCUCCUGCUGCCUGCUGGUGCUCAGGACGGCGGUGCGGUGGCUACAGAAGAGUCGCAGCCAGAAGAUGUUGGAGAAUUUGUGGCCAGCAGUUCUGGAGAUGGUCUGCAUGGUGUGGCCAAAGCUUUGACUGACACAUUCUGGGAGGUGCAGAAGUGGGCAGAGCUAACAGAUUCAAAGGUGUUGAUGUUUUCAUACAAACACGCUCUGGUGAAAGAGAUGCAUGGGCGAGCCUUAAAAUUUGCCUCCAAGAUGAUGGAGGAGAAACCCAGCAAAGAAAACAUGAAGAACUGCAUCCAGCUCAUGCGACACCUGAAAUGGAACCACUGUGCCAUAUUCAGUGAGAACUGGCUCCCUGUCAUGUACCCCGUGGACUUCACCCCCUUUUAAGGAAAGCUCAAGCAGUCAAGGCGACUUUAGUGUCACGUCCGUGUUGCAGGAUAUACGCAAUGUCCCCUGAGUAUCUGUUUCUCCUGGAUGUUGGUGAAGCCAUACUGAAGGAUUUAGCUGAGUGUGAAAGCUUUCCAACACUUUCCACGCCUCUACUCUUGACCUGCUGUAGAAGCUACAACUGUGAGCUCACAGUUGAACAGCCAGGCCACCACUGCUGCCACUUCAGACUUUUUUUUUUUUUUCAUUCUUUUUCUUUUUUUCCCCCACAUAUCCGCUAUAGUUCCUUUGGUUUCUGCUCCAUCCUCAUUAGACCACACCAGACAGUCCACACAUUUAUUUUUGUUCCUAAACUAUCCUACAUUCUUUUCAGGCUUUGACAAAACUGCAAAGCAUAGCUGAUCAGCAAGUGAACAUCAUCAGCCAUCUUUGAAGCUCAUAGCGCGACCGCACGCAUGAGCGCCACCUCUCUGACCUCACCGACCCGACAGCUGCUGCCACGCAUCCACACUUUGUACAAAUGUUCUCACAGUAUUAGAGAGCGACAUUUUUAAUGUCUGUACACAUAAAAUAUUGUACAUACACAAGGAAAUAUACAAAUGCAAUAGUUAAAGAAUAUUAUUCUCAGUGAUGUAUUUUACAUAUAUGCAUGUGUACUAGGGUGUAACAACAAGAAUGUUAUAUUUGGAAGCAGAUUUUAAUUUAGAUUUUAAUCUUGCUGUUUUUCUUAUGAGAGUGGAAAUUCAAGGAACUUUUUCUUCCUGUACAUGGACAUUUUAUAAACUGAACUGAGAACCACUGUGGGGCGGGGCGCAACUGAAACUCCACGUUUAGUCCCUCAGCAUAUCACUUGUUUUAACUCACGUGUUUACGUCGCAUACAUUUCAAGUUUUCUUUGGGUCUGUUCCCCCCACCCUUCAGUCAAAAUACGAAUAUAACUCCUGGGCUUCUACACACGUUUCAUUUCUCUGGGAAAUGUGCCACAGGACUCACACCAGUCAUAAGCAGUAGAGGUUGUGAUGAAAGUUUUGUCACGAUGAACUGGUUUGCAUCCUCUUUGUAUCACCAGACAUUGCACCGAGUGAAUUUCACCAUGUAGGCUAGAAGCUGUAAUGAGCCUGUGAUCCAUAUGUUAGUUGCAGAUCCCAGAACGAUUCAGAGCUGAACCUCCCUAAAGCACCUCAUACUUACCUUUUUAGCAAUAAUUUACUGUUCUCAGUUCAUGUUUGUGUCCAUCUUAGUUUGUCUGCAGUGGCCUUUUUGCACGCUGAUUUUGUUUGUUUUUUUGUUUUUUGUUUUCCUCACUGCUGCCACCUGCCACGGGCUCCGCAGUUUGAAUCUGCGUCAGCUUAAGUUGCCAUUCUCCUCAAAUGGCCUUAAAGGUCCUGCCGUCACCGGACUACAUGCCGUCCGCUUUCUGCCUCCUUGUUAGUUUCUCUCACUCAAGUCGUCAUAUUUAUUAAAAGGAAGUGUCGUAUAGGAAAUGCCUGUCUUUUACAGACUAUUCUAAGGUUUUAUGUUCUUGACUUGUUGAAAAAGAAUAGUUUUUUAAUCCUUGUUCCUGUGAGGGGGAAAGACCCGAGUGACCCUGGCUCUGUCAGUCACGUGAAUUAAUGGACAUCAAAUAAACACAAAUUGAAGGACUUGGGGCCUAAGUCAUUUUCUUCUUUAGCU